CCACCAAGUGUGAUGACUCUGUGGCUCAGAGCGGAUCGGAACAGAAGGCUCUGACAACUGUGAGGGGCUGAAGAGGAAUAAGGUGACGGAUUCUCACAAACAGAAGCCUCCCUCAUCUGAGAGAUGCUCGCAAAAAAUAUUUACCAAAAACUGCCAGGAUUUAUGUGAAGUUUGGAGCGGAAGCCGGCGAUCAUCCAGCUGGUGUGGUGGUUCUGUGAAGAUCACGGUACGAUAAUGGGGAAGCAUUUGGUUUCACUGCUUGUGCUGCUCCUGCAGCUCCUCUGUGGCUGCACAGCGAACCAAAGGAUGAUGAGGGCUGCCUCCAUGCAAUUCACCCACUCUAUUUACAAUGCCACCAUAUAUGAGAACUCUGCUGCUAAGACUUACUUAGAGAGUCACACCAAGAUGGGGAUGUAUAUCACAGACCCAGCCUGGGAGAUACGGUACAAAAUCAUCUCUGGAGACAAUGACAACUUAUUCAAGGCAGAGGACUAUCUGCUGGGAGAUUUCAGUUUUUUGCGAAUAAGGACCAAAGGAGGCAGCACAGCCAUUCUGAACCGGGAGGUUAAAGACCACUACUUGCUGACUGUUAAAGCUUCAGAGAGGAGCACUAAUUUGGAGUGUCGCACUAGAGUAAGGGUACAGGUACUGGACACCAAUGAUCUGAGGCCUCUCUUCUCGCCAACAUCCUAUAGCAUCUCUCUGCCAGAGAACACGGCCAUACGCACAAGUGUGGCCAAGGUCACGGCAACGGAUGCAGAUAUCGGUACGAAUGGAGAAUACUACUAUAGUUUCAGAGAGUGGACGGACAUGUUUGCAGUUCAUCCAACAAGCGGUGUGGUGACACUUACUGGCAAACUUGACUACUCUGAGACAAAGCUGUACGUUUUGGAGAUUCUUGCAGUGGACAGAGGGAUGAAGCUGUACGGUAGCAGUGGCUUCAGUAGCAUGGCCAAACUCACAGUGAGGGUGGAGCAGGCCAAUGAGCAUGCACCUGUAAUCACCGCCGUAACCUUAGCCCCCUCUGAUGCAGACCGUGACCCCACCUACGCUAUUGUGACAGUGGAGGACAGUGACCAGGGAGCAAAUGGAGAGAUAGCAUCAUUGAGUAUUGUGGCCGGUGACCCUCUUCAACAGUUCAAGGCUGUGAGAACCAGCCCCGGGAGCAAAGAGUAUAAAAUAAAAGCAGUCAAAGAUGUAGACUGGGACAGUCAGCCUUUUGGAUACAACCUCACUUUACAGGCGAAGGACAAAGGCAGCCCUCCUCAAUUUUCAUCUGCUAAAUUGGUACAUGUCACUUCGGCACAGUUCAAAGUGGGCCCUCCUAUAUUUGAAAAGGCCAUUUACAGAGUCAAUCUGAGUGAAUUUGCCCCUCUUCAUACACCUGUCACUAUGGUAACAGCCGUGCCAAAGUAUCCACAGCUAAAAUACGCCUUUAGACACAAAUCUGACAAAAACCGAUUUACUAUCAAUCCAGAUACUGGCUUAAUCAGCACUGCAGGACCAAUCAAUGCUGAUUUUGCCCCCCGAUUUGAGCUAGACGUAAUCACCAGUGACAAAAAAGCGGCAACAAAAGUGAUCGUUGAUGUGACUGAUGUGAACAACAAUGCACCUGAGUUCCAGCAGACAUCUUACAAGGCCGGUGUUGAUGAGAAUGUACCGAUUGGGACCAGUGUGGUAACGGUUAAAGCCACUGAUCUAGACAGAGGCGAGAAUGGCUAUGUGACCUACAGCAUUACCAAUCUGAGCCCUCAACCGUUUGUCAUCGACUACUUCUCUGGUGUCAUCAGUACCUCAGAGGUCCUAGAUUAUGAGCUCAUGCCAAGGAUUUACAAUCUCAGAGUCAGGGCAUCAGAUUGGGGAUCCCCUUUCCGGAGAGAGGUGGAGGCAUCAGUCACCAUAACGUUAAAUAACCUGAAUGACAAUAAGCCCUUGUUUGAAAAUGUAGACUGUGAAGUGACUGUGCCGAGAGAUCACGGCGUGGGAGAGCAGAUAACAACAGUGUCUGCCAUAGAUGCUGAUGAACUGCAGCUAGUACGGUACAAUAUUAAAGCUGGGAAUGAUCUUGAUCUGUUUGAACUGAACCCAAACUCUGGCGUGCUUUCACUGAAGCACACGCUGAGUGAGGGAGAGGCAGCUAAAGUGUCCUUUCAUAGUUUACAAAUCGUUGCGACGGACGGCGAACACGAGACUCAGCCAAUGAUCAUGAACAUAACUGUCAUCACAGCACGCAAGCCUGUCCAGUUAAAAUGUGUUGAAACUGGUGUUGCCACCAUGUUGGCUGAAAAGCUACUUCAAGGCAGCAAAAUCCACACGCAAGCUGAGCCAGAUGACAACUUAAUGGACAUUCACUCAGUCAACCGGUACGCUCCUCAGUUUGCAGAGUCUUUCCCUAGUGUUAUUGAAGUUAAAGAGGAUCUCCCUGUUGGGGCCCGGAUUGUCCAUUUAAGUGCCACAGACUCAGAUAGUGGCUUCAAUGCGAAACUGGUGUACGUUAUUUCAGGAGGAGACACAGAAAGCCGCUUCAUAGUAGAUAUGGAAACCGGUUGGCUUUUGGUGUAUUCUCCUCUUGACAAGGAAACGACAGACUAUUACACCCUCAACAUCACAGUUUAUGAUCUUGGCAUACCACAGAAAUCCUCAUCACGCCUCUUGGGUGUUAAGAUCCUAGAUGCCAAUGAUAAUAGCCCUCAAUUUUUGCGAGACUCAUAUUCAGUUGAAAUAAGUGAGAGCACACCUGUUGGAACGGAAAUUAUCCAGGUGGAUUCGACAGACAAGGAUCAAGGGGAUAAUGGAGUUGUGAAGUAUUCAAUUUUGGGAGGCACAGAUCAUUUCGCGAUCAAUGAGGAGACCGGUGUGGUGACUGUGACAAAGCCGCUGGAUCGCGAGCUCCAACCAGUUUAUAUCUUGAAGAUCGCGGCACGUGACCAGGCAGUGAACGAGCCUCAGUUGGUGUCCACAGUGCCGCUUAAAAUCACCUUGGAAGAUGUGAAUGAUAAUCCACCAAAAUUUGUCCCCCCUAACUAUCGCGUGAAGGUGAGGGAAGACCUUCCUAUCGGUACUGUAAUUAUGUGGCUGGAGGCUCAUGAUCCCGAUAUUGGACCAUCCAGUCAGGUACGAUACAGCCUUAUUGAUAACGGAGACGGGAAAUUUGAAGUAGACAAACUCAGCGGUGCUGUGCGGAUUGUGCAAAAUCUUGAUUAUGAGACAAAACAAGUGUACAAUCUGACGGCAAAAGCUAAAGACAAAGGGAAGCCCAUAUCCUUGUCAUCAACCUGUUUCAUUGAGGUGGACGUGGUGGAUGUGAACGAGAAUCUGUACAGACCUUUGUUCCGAUCAUUUGUGGAAAAGGGAUUUAUAAAAGAGGAUGCACUUGUGGGGACUUCAGUGAUGACUGUAACAGCUGAAGAUGAAGACAGAGGACAAGAUGGAGAGAUUCGAUACUCCAUACGAGAUGGAUCCGGCCUGGGGAUAUUUACCAUCGAUGAGGAAACCGGUAUUAUCCGAACACAAGAACUGCUGGAUCGUGAGACGACACCUCAUUACUGGCUCACAGUCUAUGCGAUUGAUCGUGGCGUGGUGCCGCUCUCUGCAUUUGUCGAGGUCUACGUCGAAGUGCAGGACGUCAAUGACAAUGCACCGCAAACCUCAGAACCUGUCUACUACCCUUCUGUCAUGGAGAACUCCCCUAAAGAUGUGUCAAUCAUCCAGAUAAAUGCAGUUGAUCCUGAUGCCAAGGCCAGUGAUAAACUCACCUACAGGAUCACCAGCGGCAAUCCCCAGGGUUUCUUUGCCAUUAAUGCCAAGACAGGUCUGGUUACAACUACUUCAAGAAAACUGGACAGGGAGCAACAAGAUGAGCACAUUCUUGAGAUCACAGUCACUGACCACGGCGUUCCUGCCAAAUCCACCACUGUCCGCGUCAUCGUCCGAGUCCUCGACGAGAAUGACAACAGGCCGUUGUUCUUGGAGAAGAUCUACAAGAUAAAGCUUCCGGAGCGGGAGAGGCUGGAGAAGGAGAGAGCCAUGAAGAGAGACCCGGUGUAUCGGGUCAUUGCAUCAGACCGUGAUGAAGGACCUAAUGCCGAGAUCUCUUACAGCAUCGAGGAGGGAGAUGAAAACGGAAAGUUCUUUAUCGAGCCCAAGACCGGCCUGGUGUCUUCCAAGAAGUUCUCUUCUGCUGGAGAAUACGACAUUCUUACAAUUAAAGCCGUCGACAAUGGACGUCCUCAGAAAUCCUCCACUUGUCGUCUGCAUAUCGAGUGGAUUCCCAAACCAAAAUUGUUGGCCGAUGCAGCACCCCUUCUUUUUGAGGAGUCCCCCUUUACCUUUUCUGUAAUGGAAAGCGAUCCUGUAGCGCACAUGGUGGGCGUCAUCGCCACAGAAUCCUCUGAUGUUCCCGUGUGGUUUGAAAUCACAGACGGCAUAGAGGAUACUGAGAUGUUUUACAUCCUUCAGAUGGCUUGUGACCACAACUGUACAGCAGAAGGUGGUAAUUAUGACAGCCGCUUUGACGUGGGAAAGGCCAGUGGAACCUUGAUUGUAGCACGGCCCCUGGACACGGAGCAGAAAUCAAAUUACAACCUGACGGUGGAAGCCACAGAUGGGACACGAACUGUCAGCACCCAGGUGCUUAUCCGUGUCAUUGAUACCAACAACCACCGGCCACAGUUCUCUCAGAAGUGGUAUGAGGUGGAUGUCCCUGAAGACAAACCAGCAGGGACUGAGGUCCUGCAGAUCAGCGCUGUGGACAGAGACGAGAAGAAUAAACUGACCUUUACACUCCUGAGCAGUACUGAUCCCUUCAGCCUAAGGAAGUUCCGACUAGACCCAGGAACAGGCAUUCUGUACACCGCUGAGCGACUGGAUCAUGAGACUAUGCAUCGCCACAUCCUCACCGUCAUGGUUCGAGACCAGGACAUCCCAGUAAAGAGGAACCUUGUGCGUGUUAUUGUCAAUGUAGGUGACACCAAUGACAAUGCACCCUGGUUUAUAGGCACACCAUACUCUGGCCGUGUGUUUGAAUCCGCAGCCGUAGGCUCGGCUGUGCUCCAAGUCACAGCUCUUGACAAAGACAAGGGCGAUAACGCAGAGGUUGUCUACAGCAUCGAAUCAGGAAAUGUUGCGAAUGCAUUUGCCAUUGACCCUGUUCUUGGGACAAUUACAGUAGCCAAAGAGCUUGAUCGUAGCAGCAAGACCAUGUUUGAACUCACCGUUAAAGCAUCUAAUAACGGAAUAUCUCCACUGUCAGCUACAGCCACCGUACACAUUGUGGUAACAGUUUCUGACAAUGCAGCCCCCAGAUUCACUGAAAAGGAGUUCUCUGCAGAAGUCAGUGAAUCAGCCCAUCCAGGAAGUUUUGUGAGCUUGGUCACAACUGUUAGCCAGUCGUCUGUUUUCUAUCAAAUAAAAGGUGGCAAUAUCAACAAUGCAUUUGAUAUAAACCCAAACUCAGGAGUGGUUGUGACCCAGAAAGCUUUAGAUUAUGAGAUCAUAUCUCAAUACAAGCUCAUCAUACAGGGCACCAACAUGGCUGGACUUGCCAGCAACACGACACUUCUGAUUCAUCUAAAGGAUGAAAAUGACAAUGCUCCAAUCUUUCUCCAGAGGGAAUUCAAAGGAGUAAUCAGCGAGUCGGCUCCUGUCAACAGUGUUGUUCUGACCCAUGAAAACACUCCCUUUGUCAUCCGUGCCUCUGAUGCUGAUUGCGACCAGAAUGCCAUGCUCAUCUAUCAAAUUGUCGAACCUUUUGCACAUAACUAUUUUGCCAUUGACUCAAGCACCGGAGCCAUCAGAAUCACAACAGCUUUGGAUUAUGAACAGAGGAGUGUUUUCCGCUUCACAGUCCAGGUCCAUGAUCUAGGAAUGCCACGCCUGUUUGCAGAGACAGCGGCCAACGUGACCAUUGAAGUAAUUGAUGUUAAUGACUGUUCUCCAGUUUUUAGCCAAGAACUGUACGAGACAACCGUCAUAGUGCCAACAUACAAAGGAGUGGAAGUCAUUAAGGUCAACGCUACAGACUCAGACUCUGGGCCUAACUCCAAACUUCUCUUCUCUAUCUCUGAGGGAAAUAUUGGUGAUAAAUUUAAAAUAGAUCCAAUCACAGGCAUAAUCUCUAUUCAGAAUGUCACACAACUCAGGAGCAGAUAUGAAUUAAAGGUGAGGGUUUCCGACGGUAGAUUUGCCACUGUUGCUACAGUAAAGAUAAAUGUAAAGGAAAACAAGGAGAGUAAGCUGAAGUUCACCAGGGAGUCCUACAAAGCCUACAUCCAAGAAAAUUCUUCUGAGAAGAAAACACUAGCAGUCAUUGCUGCUGUUGGGAACCAGGUGAACGAGCCUUUGUUUUACAAAAUUUUGAACCCAGACAGCAGGUUUGAAAUCAGCCGCACAUCUGGAGUAAUCUCAACCACUGGGAUUCCAUUCGAUCGCGAGGCACAGGACACAUUUGAUAUAGUUGUUGAGGUCACCAGAGAGGACAAAUCUGAAGAUGGGGCUCAUGUUCUAGUAACUGUGACAGUGGAAGAUAUGAAUGACAACAAACCUAUGUUUGUGAACCUUCCCUAUCAUGCCCUGGUCCAGAUGGACGCAGAGGAAGGCCAGAUCAUCCGACAAGUCACAGCAGUGGACAAAGACAUGGGCCUGAAUGCAGAUAUACAUUAUCUCCUGAAGGAACACCAGGAACACUUUCAAAUUAGCCCCUCUGGUGAAAUCUCCCUCAAAAAGAAAUUUCAGAAGGAGUCACUUAACACAGACUUUGUCAUUGUUGUUAUGGCAAAGGAUAAUGGAGAGCCAGCACUCUCAGCAGAAGUAGAAGUGCCAAUAACAGUGGUGAACAAAGCAAUGCCUGUGUUUGAGAAGCCUUUUUACAGCAUUGAAAUCCCUGAAAACAUUCAGUUACACACACCUGUGCUUCAUGUACAGGCCAAUGAUUCUGAAGGCCCUCGUAUUGUGUACACCAUCUCUGAGGGAGAUCCGUUCAGACAGUUCUCAAUUGAUUUCAACACAGGUGUAAUUCAUGUGAUUCAGCCUCUGGACUUUGAGACACAUCCUGCCUAUAAAUUAAAUGUAAGAGCCACAGACUCUCUGACUGGAGCACACUCUGAAGUGUUUGUUGAUAUUAUACUGGAAGAUGUAAAUGACAACACCCCUAUGUUCCUGUCAAAGGCCUACUAUGCCAAUAUUUCAGAGGCUGCUGUCAUUGGUACAUCCGUUUUGCAAGUUGAUGCCAAAGAUUCUGAUACUGGUAAUAACCAAGAACUAUUCUUUCAGUUGGUUGAGGAAAAGGGGAAGAGUUCAGAUUAUUUCAGCAUUGACCGUGACACAGGAAUAAUCUCUACAGCUCAAGUUCUUGAUCAUGAGGAGAUCCAGCAGCACAAGUUGAGAGUCCGUGUUGUGGACGGAGGAGUUCCAGCCCUCUCUGGUGAUGUCAUUGUGACGAUAGACGUUACCGACCUGAAUGACAACGCUCCAAUAUUUACAGAGCACACUUACAAAACUACUGUUAGCGAAUUGGCCCCACGUGGACACUUCAUCACACAAGUCCAGGCAUCUGAUGCUGAUAGCUCAGACUCUGAUAACUUGGAGUUCUCCAUUAUAUCCAGUAAUGAGGAUCUGAACUUUUCCAUUGACAAACACACAGGCGCCAUUGUCAUUUCCAACCACCGUAGGCCACAUAUGCAGCCCUUUUACAACCUCAAUAUAUCCGUAUCAGACGGUGUAUUCAGAAGCUCAGCCCUUGUCAUGGUAACAGUUAUUGGAGCCAACUUCCACAAGCCCACCUUCUCUCGGGUGGACUAUGUCGUAGAGCUUGUUGAAAACUCACCUGUUGGUACCUUGGUAGCUGAAGCAAAGGCGACAGAUGAUGACGAAGGCAUUUAUGGGCAAAUAACAUACCAGAUUGUCAAUGACUUUGCAAAAGACAAGUUCUCUGUCAAUGAAAAGGGAGAGAUUUUCACUCUAGAGAGCCUUGAUCGUGAGAAUACCGUUGAGAAGGUUAUUCCUAUUUCUCUCAUAGCUAAAGACGGCGGUGGAAAAGUAGGCUUUUGUAUAGUCAAUGUCAUUCUCACAGAUGUAAAUGACAACGCCCCACAAUUCAGGGCAGCUGACUACAAAGCCACUAUUGCAUCAGAUGUCCCAAGGGGAACCUCUGUUGUUAAAAUUGCUGCUUCAGACAUGGAUGAGGGAAGCAAUGCUGACAUUGAGUACACAAUUGAAGCAGAUGUUGAAAACGUGGAGGAGAACUUUGAAAUCCACCCAACCUCUGGAGUCAUUGUAACCAAAGAGAGUCUCAUUGGACUUGAAAAUGAGCUCUAUGCAUUCUUUGUAAGGGCGAAGGAUACUGGGAAUCCACCUAAACAUUCUGUUGUACAGGUUUACAUUAGGAUUGUUGCACCAGAGACACCAAUUCCCAAAUUCACUGAACCACAUUACCGCUAUACAAUUGCUGAAGACCUUCCCAUUGGCACAGAGAUCGAUGUAAUUCAGGCUGAGAGUGAGAAACCAGUCGUUUACAGCCUUGUGAAGGGCAACACUCCCGAGAGCAAUGAAGAUGAGGUGUUUGUUGUAGACAGAGACAGUGGAGCCUUGAAGCUUCAGAAAAGCCUUGACCAUGAGACAACCAAAUGGUACCAACUCACUUUGCUUUCCCAAACCAAACAUGAGAACUAUGAGAUAGUGGCAUCUGUAAAUGUAAACAUCCAAGUGAAAGAUCUUAAUGACAACAGACCUGUCUUUGAGUCUGACCCUUAUGUGGCUGUCAUUGUGGAAAACCUUCCAAGUGGAACUCAAGUGAUCCAAGUCAAAGCCACCGACCAAGACUCUGGAACCAAUGGCCAUGUUGUUUACAGCCUCGACCCCAAGCAGAACUCGCAGGAGAUCUCUGAGCUGUUUGCUGUUAAUAGUGAAACAGGAUGGGUGACCACCUUAAAAGAGCUAGACCGCGAAAAGAUGAACAAAUACACAAUCGCUGUCCUAGCCACAGACCAAGGCGACAAAGUACAACACGUUACUGGCACCAGAGUGGAGGUAACAGUUGCUGAUGUGAAUGACAACCCACCCCGCUUCACUGCAGAGAUCUACAAAGGCACAGUCAGUGAAGAUGACCCUCCUCCCAGUGGGGUGAUUGCUAUCCUCAGCACCACAGAUGAUGAUUCUGAGGACAUCAAUAAACAAGUGAACUACUUCAUCACAGGAGGGGAUCCACUUGGCCAAUUUGCCAUUGAACACAUUCAGAAUGAAUGGAAGGUCUCUGUCAGAAAGCCCUUGGACCGUGAAGAGAAGGACAAUUAUCUACUUAACAUUACUGCCAGUGAUGGCAUCUUCACUGCCAAAGCCGUUGUGGAGGUCAAGGUGCUGGAUGCCAAUGACAACAGCCCUGUAUGCGAAAAGUCCCUAUACAGUGAGAGUGUCCCAGAGGACUCCCCUGCCAGCAGGCUCAUCUUGCAGAUCUCUGCCAUAGAUGCUGACAUCCGCUCAAACGCCCAAAUCUCUUAUGAACUCCAGGGAGUUGGAUCUGAAUUGUUCAUCAUUGACUCUGAUACAGGGGAGUUGAAGACCUUACAGCCCCUGGACCGAGAGGUGCAAGACGAGCACAGGUUCAAAGUGCGGGCGGUGGACGGAGGAGGGCGGUACUGCGAGGCUGACAUCCACAUCACUGUGGAAGACGUCAACGACAACCCGCCACAGUUCUCAUCCGACCCCUACACCAUUACAGUCUUCGAGAAUACAGAGAUGGGCACAUAUGUGGCAAAACUGCUGGCAAACGAUAUCGAUACUGGUCUUAACAGUGACAUCCUCUACUCAUUGGUCGAUUCUGUUGAUGGAUUUUUCUCAAUUGACGAGCACACUGGUGUAAUAAGCCUGGAGCGUCCCCUGGACCGCGAGGUGCAGUCGGUAUAUGAACUGAAGGCCCGUGCCAGUGACCAGGGCUCCCCACGUCUCUCCUCGCUGUGCCAGGUGGUGAUCUCCGUCCUGGACAUCAACGACAAUCCACCAGUGUUUGAGCACCGUGAAUACACGGCUACCGUGUCUGAGGACGUAGUGGUGGGCACACAGGUGCUCAGAGUACAGGCAGCAAGCCGGGACACGGAGGCUAAUGGAGAGAUCUCUUACAGCAUCAUCAGUGGGAAUGAGCAUGGCAUGUUCAGCGUGGACCCGCGCACUGGCGACAUCUUUGUGAUUGAGCCGUUGGACUACGAGGUCUCCCAUGAAUACUACAUAACCAUAGAGGCUACAGAUGGUGGCUCACCACCGCUCAGCGACAUGGCCACUGUGAACAUCAACCUGACUGAUGUCAAUGACAACAGACCUGCCUUCAGCCAGGACGUCUACACAGCCGUCGUCAGUGAGGACACUGAGCUGGGAAAGACUGUGAUGGCGGUGAUGGCUGAGGAUUUUGAUGGGCCUUCUUACGAUCACGUGCGGUACUCCAUCGUGGAUGGUAACCAAGGCAGCCCCUUCACCAUUGAUCCGAUCAGAGGAGAGCUGAAAGUUGCUCGCCAGCUGGACAGAGAGAGAACUUCAGGGUACACUCUGAUGGUGGUAGCCUCAGACAACGGGGUGCCACCACUUUCUAGCAGCGCCAUGAUCAACAUUGACAUCUCAGACGUCAACGACAACCCGCCACUUUUCUCCCAGGCCAACUACAGCCUCAUCAUCCAGGAGAAUCGACCAAAAGGCACAAGUGUUCUUCAACUCACCGUAACCGAUCGGGACGCUUCCCACAACGGCCCACCUUUCACCUUUGCUGUCGUGGAUGGGAACGAGGGCGAUGCUUUCCACAUCAAUCAGCAGGGAGCUCUAGUGGCCGUGGGGGCGCUGAAUAGGAAAAGUAAAGAAUACUACCUACUUCAAGCACAGGUGUCAGACAGUGGCAAACCUCAGCUCUUUUCCACCGCCUUCAUCAGCGUACGCAUAAUCGAGGAGAGUGUCUACCCUCCUGCGAUUCUUCCACUAGACAUCUUUGUGACCACCGCCAGCGAUGAAUACCCCGGAGGCGUCCUGGGCAAGAUCCAUGCCACUGACCAGGACAUCUAUGACACUCUCACCUACAGCCUCGCCUCCUCUUCUUCCUCAUCCUCAGAUGAGAGCGGUGCCUUGUUCUCAGUUUCCGCCUCAGAUGGUAAAGUUAUCGCCCUACGGCCACUCGAUGUGGGUCACUACCCACUCAAUGUGACGGUGACUGACGGACGCUUCACCACAGCUGCUGAUGUCACCGUGCACGUUAGGCAAGCAGCUCGUCAGGCUCUGGACAACUCUAUUGCAGUGCGCUUUGCAAAUAUUGCCCCCGAGGAGUUUAUCGGGGACUACUGGCGCAACUUCCAGCGGGCACUGAGAAACAUCGCUGGUGUUAGGAGGAGUGAAGUCCAGUUAGUGAGCCUGCAGCCUUCAGAGCAAGGAGAUCUGGAUGUGCUUUUGACUCUAGAGAGAUCUGGCAGCCCCUACCAAUCUCAGGAGGUCGUCUUCCGUAAGCUGAACUCCUCCGCAGCUGUGAUCGAAGAGAUGACGGGGGUCCGGAUCGUGCGGGUGGUGCAGAAGCUGUGUGCGGGUCUGGACUGCCCGUUGCACUUCUGCGAUGAGGUCAUCUCCCUGGAUAAGGCCGCUAUGUCCACUCACAGCACGGCUCGCCUCAGCUUUGUUACCCCACGACACCUGAGAACUGCAACCUGCCAGUGUGAAGGUGGCAGAUGUCCUGUGCUGAAUAACCUGUGCGAGAACAACCCCUGUCCUGAGGGUAUGGAAUGUGUGGCUGAUCCUAGAGAUACCGUGUACAGUUGUGUGUGUCCAGAGGUCAAAAACGGCAAAUGCUCCGAUGGCCACUCACUGACGUUCAGUGGCAGCGGCUAUGUGAAAUACCAUCUGAUGGAAAACGAGAACAAGGAGUUGAUGAAACUGUCCCUGAGGCUCAGGACCUUCUCCAGCCAUGCUACUGUCAUGUAUGCUAAAGGAACCGACUACAGCAUCCUCGAGAUUGUGAACGGCCGUCUGCAGUACAAGUUCGACUGCGGCAGUGGCCCCGGUCUCGUGUCAGUCCACAGCGCGCAGGUUAACGAUGGGGAGUGGCACACUGUCUCACUGGAGGUGGAUGGCAACUACGCUAAGCUUGUGCUGGACCGGGUGCACGCUGCCUCUGGCACAGCACCGGGCACCCUGCGAACCCUCAACCUUGACAACAGCAUUUACUUUGGUGGUCACGUACGCCAGCUUGCCUCGGCUCGCCACGGACGCAGCCUGCCUGUCACCAACGGGCUCCGCGGCUGCAUGGAGGCCAUCACGCUGAAUGGCCAGGAGUUGCCUCUCAACACCAAAGCUCACCGGGCCCACGCUGUGCUGGAGGACAUCGUGGAUGUGGCUCCAGGCUGUGCACUUGCACCUGCUGAGAGUUGUUCCAGCAACCCCUGCACCAACGCAGGGAGCUGCACCUCGCUGCCUAAUGGAGGCUACUUCUGUAAGUGUCCUGCCUCUUUCAUGGGCACCCACUGUGAGAUUGGCAUAAGCCCUUGUGCCUCCAACCCCUGUCUGUACGGCGGCACCUGUGUACCUCGCGCAGAUGACUUCUACUGCCAGUGCAGAGGGCAGUACUCAGGACAAAGGUGCCAGUUGGGGCCGUACUGCAGAGACAACCCCUGUAAAAACAGUGGAAAGUGUAUUGACAGUCUGGAUGGUCCAGUAUGUGAGUGUGAAGCAGGCUUCCUGGGAGACAGGUGCCUGAGUGAUGUUGAUGAGUGCAUCAAGAACCCCUGUGCCAACGGAGGCCAGUGCCAGAACACAUACGGCUCCUACAAGUGUAACUGCUCGCUGGGUUUCAGCGGGCAGACGUGUGAACUCCGCGCUGAGGUCCGCAAUGAAUUCGUCUCCACCUCCUGGAACAUCGGCCUGGAGGAGGUGAUUGGCAUUGUGGUCUUUGUGUCCAGCAUCUUCAUCCUGGUCCUCCUUUUCAUCAUCAUCCGUAAGAAGGCUUGUCGCAGGAAGUCAAAGACAGACGACGACAAACAUCCUGGAGGUUCAAACAUGCCUCACUCCUUCCUCCAGAGACCUUACUUUGACAUCAAACUCAACAAGAACAUCUACUCUGACAUCCCGCCUCAGGUCCCUGUAAGGCCCAUCUCCUACACUCCCAGCAUUCCAAGCGACUCAAGAAACAACCUGGACAGGAACUCAUUUGAGGGCUCAGCCAUCCCGGAGCAUCCAGAGUUCAGCACCUUCAACCCAGACUCUGUGCAUGGACACCGCAAGACUGUGGCCGUGUGCAGUGUAGCACCCAAUCUCCCCCCUCCCCCUCCCUCCAACUCAGUCUCAGACAGUGACUCCAUCCAGAAGCCCAACUGGGAUUAUGAUUAUGAUACUAAAGUGGUGGACUUGGACCCGUGCCUGACCAAGAAGCCUGUAGAGGACAGUGCCUGUCACCCCUACAACACCAGGGGCAGCAUGUCUGAGGUCCAGUCCCUCAGCUCCUUCCAGUCAGAGUCCUGCGAUGAUAAUGCCUCCAUAGUGACAGUAAUCCACCUUGUCAACUCUGUUGUUGACACGGUGGAAAGAGAAGAGUCUUUUUUGGCUCAUGAUCUCAAGAACCCAAGAGGAUAUCACUGGGACACAUCUGAUUGGAUGCCAAGUGUUCAACUUCCUGGAAUCCAGGAGUUUCCACAGUAUGAGGUUGUGGAGUCGCCCGCCCAUCUGUACAGUGACCCGAAUGCCAUCGACACCGACUACUAUCCCGGCGGCUUCGACAUUGAGAGUGACUUCCCUCCGCCGCCGGAGGACUUCCCUGCACAUGACGACCUGCCGCCGCCACCUUUGCCAGAGUACAGCGACCGCUGUGACACACUGCGGGCCCUGGGCAGAGAUCUGGAUCCGGUUGCGACUGGUCCAGACGGCUCACCCGGGGUCCGCCAGCGCCCGGCCCUGCCCCAGCUCUACAGCCUGAACCAGUACCUGCCACAGCACUCCUACGCAAGCGACACCGAGGGCCAAGGUGCUGCUUCCACCUCAGCCACCACGACCCCAGCUUCCACCAUGGGCACCAGUGGUUACAGAGGGGGCUACCCUCUAGGUUGUAGUCGGGACUUUGACUCCUCAGCUCUGGACAACAUAUCCAUGUCUCUGUACACGUCCACAGCCUCUUGCUCGGACAUGUCGGCGUGCUGCGAGGAGUCCGAGGCGAUGAUAAGUGACUACGAGAGCGGUGAUGAGGGCCACUUUGAGCGUCUGGUCAUCCCGGGGCUGGACUCCCAACAGCACACUGAAGUCUGACACUGGAUCCAAACAAAAGUGCCUGAACCCACAGCUACACCUUAUGUUAGUCCUUCAUAAACCAACCACACUAAACACGCACAGUACGUGUACAAAGAAAACACAACACACACAUACAUUCACACACACGAUGAAUUGAGUCAAAACACAGGGGUUGUUGAGACUGGUUGUAAAGGCCAAUUGGCUGAGAAGAUCUGAAGAAGUUAUAGGAGAGUCUCUGUAACAUCUUAACAUCUGCUCAGCCAUUACUUCAAGUAAUUGUCAUACACAGGAAGUGCAUUGUCUGAACAUCAACAUUUCAAUGCACUUAAAAAAGAAUAUUUCACAACAAUAUCUUUGUUUCUAUAAAUAAAACCAUGCAAAAUGUUUUUAUACAAAUCCUCAUUUUCAAUGUAAAUUUUAAUGUACAGUUUUGAUUUCAAAGUUUACUAGGUUUUGUAGAUAUUCUAUGCUUUUAUUUUCAACAAAAAAAGAGUUAAAUGGUGUGACAUUAUCAGCCUUACUGUGCUUAACUUCACAAAAAAAGAAACAUUAAAAAAAGAGAGAAGAAAAGCGCGUGGCUUUUCUGAACACAGUGUACUCGUAAAGUUUAUUGUCUCCUGCUCAUUUCAAAAAGGGUCUUUAAUGAACGACUGCAUAUUCUUGUGUUGUUUUUUUAUUUGUUUGUUUGUAAAUUUUGACUUUGGAACCUCUUUAUUUUUCCACCAAGAAAAUGGGACCCAAUAUAUUUAUAGUGCAGAGUUAUCCAUGGACACGUGACUUUUUCAGGUGUCUAUGUGUGUGUGAGCAAUGCUAUGGUCUUGUUAAGGUUUUUAUUGAAUACUGCCACAAGCUCACGCUUUCCUACUGGCAAUAAAUUAUUCCUAAAAAAUA